AUCCUUCGUUUCCUCCUUCAAGGUUUUUGUUUUCGCUUUUUGGGUUGUCGUUUUCCAACCUUAAUCUCUCCGAAGCAUUUUGAUUUCAUUGCUGUAUCCGAAAUGGUUGAUCAGGUUCAGCACCCUAGAAUCAUUGAGAAGGUUGCAGGCCAGCAGCAUCUCCGUACUGGCCUUCCUUUGUACCACCAGUGGCGCUCGUUUGCUAAUUACUCAAAUGGUGCAUUGCAGUAUCCAGUGAUGCCAGCAUGCAGAGCUGCAACAGCAGCCUCCCAUGUGUUUGUUGCAGCUCCUUCUGAGAAAGGACACUUCCUUAUUGACUUUCUCAUGGGUGGAGUUUCAGCUGCUGUGUCCAAAACUGCUGCUGCCCCCAUUGAACGCGUUAAACUCUUGAUCCAGAACCAGGAUGAGAUGAUCAAAGCUGGUAGACUCUCUGAACCCUACAAGGGUAUUGGUGAUUGUUUUAAGAGAACAAUGCAGGAGGAAGGUGUUGUUUCCCUGUGGAGAGGUAACACUGCAAAUGUCAUCCGUUAUUUCCCUACUCAGGCCCUGAACUUUGCAUUCAAGGACUACUUCAAGAGGCUUUUCAAUUUCAGGAAGGACAGGGAUGGUUACUGGAAAUGGUUUGCUGGUAACUUGGGCUCAGGAGGUGCUGCUGGUGCCUCAUCCCUUUUGUUUGUAUACUCCCUUGACUAUGCCCGUACUCGUUUGGCCAAUGAUGCUAAGGCUGCAAAGAAGGGUGGAGAAAGGCAAUUCAAUGGUCUUGUUGAUGUCUACAAGAAGACAUUGGCAUCUGAUGGUGUUGCUGGUCUGUACCGUGGCUUCAACAUUUCCUGUGUUGGAAUCAUUGUGUACCGUGGUCUCUACUUUGGAAUGUAUGAUUCCUUGAAGCCUGUUCUCCUAACUGGCUCUUUGCAGGAUAGCUUUUUUGCUAGUUUUGGCCUUGGAUGGCUCAUCACCAAUGGUGCAGGUUUAGCCUCAUACCCAAUUGACACUGUUAGAAGAAGAAUGAUGAUGACAUCUGGUGAAGCUGUGAAGUACAAGAGCUCUAUGGAUGCAUUUACACAAAUCCUCAAGAAUGAGGGUGCCAAGUCCUUGUUUAAGGGAGCUGGUGCUAAUAUCCUCCGUGCUGUUGCUGGUGCUGGUGUGCUUGCUGGUUAUGACAAGUUGCAGGUCAUAGUAUUUGGGAAGAAAUAUGGUUCCGGUGGUGCUUAAUUUUUCACCACCUGAUUCAUAUUUUAGUUUUAGAUGGUCAUGAAAAUCAUUCAUUUCUCACCAAGCGUUGUGCAAAAUUUGUUCAACUAUUUUGCUCAAUUUCAUUUUGUCCCGGAUCCCCUCCCUUUUUUUUUUUUUUUACUUUGGAUAAGAAUUUUGAUAUUUCAAGGUUGAUUUAUUUGAGUGGUAGGCAAAGCAACUGCCACUUUGGAUUCCAUUUUGUUUAAUUUCAAUUGUGAGAUACCCUAUAAUAUAUUCUAUAUAUUGUUCUAGAGUUAUUCCUGUCUCUAGACAGAAAUGCAUAAAUAAGCACCUUUGAUUUCCUUAUGUGUUGAAGUAAAUAUGUUGGAACUGAAUUGAUCAUUGUACUA